GGCGCGAGUUCGGCAGUGAAGAGACAUGGCGGGUCCGACGAUUACAGCGAGAUUGUACUCCCUGCUUUUCCGCAGGACUUCCACCUUCGCCCUUACCAUUGUCGUGGGCGCCCUGUUCUUCGAGCGCGCCUUCGAUGAAGGCGCGGACGCGAUCUACGAGCACAUCAACCAGGGGAAGCUGUGGAAACACAUCAAGCACAAGUAUGAGAACCAGGAGUAGUUCCCCAGAGACCCCCAUCCAGGCCAGAAGGACCAGGUCCACCCACCGGCUGUUUGCCCAGAGCUGGGGCCUCAGCUUGAAGAUGAUGCUCAAGUUAUUCUUCACAGACCAUCUCUAGCUUUCAGCAAGAAGUAUCUUCACAUAACAAACAGACUCUCACUUCCGCUGUGUUUGAAGUAUGUUUAAUCAGAGUCAUCAGAAAAUAAAUGUAAAUCGUCCUUUA